AUGGCUCGUGUCUUGCAUGAUAAUGUUGAGGUUGAGGUUGAAGUGACACAACCCGAAGGGCAAGUAAGGGCACGAACUAAACUAUCACAACGGGGUGUGUCCUUCACUGUGGAGGAAGACAACCUCCUUAUAUCAGGGUGGCUCAACAUUAGUAUAGACGUUAUUAGGGGGACAGAUCAAAAGUCCACCCAAUUGUGGAUAAGAAUCCAUGAUUACUUCAAUACUUAUAAAAAACUUAAUUGGCCUGAACAUUCUGUGGGGUCGUUGACUAAUCGAUGGUCAACUAUCCAAAAAGCCACAAACAAGUUUUGUGGUUGCUUGGCCCAAGUCGAAUCAAUGCAUCCAAGUGGUACCAAUGAACAAGACAAGAUUGACAAGGCAAAGGCAUUGUACCGAUCGACACAAAAAAGCAAUUAUAAUUUGGAUCAUUGUUGGAACUUAUUGAGGCACCAACCAAAGUGGCAAGUGCAUAUGGAUAAUUUGCCAACAAAGAGAAAGACGGGCUGCUCUACUGUUCCAGCUGCCAAUGUCAUAGAUGUUGAGAAAAAUGAGAGCAUGUCUACCAAUUUGUAG